AUGCGUUACUUCCAACUCGUCCUCUCCUUCUUCCUACUCUUCACCCUUGCCGUUGCUCUGCCUUUGCCAGCGUCGGCAGAAGCCGUCGUCGCAAGGGCGAACGGCGGUGCGAAGGCGAAGGGCGGCGGCGGUGGUGGUGGCGGCAGCAAUGCCAAGAAGGAGGCUGCCGGCAUUGACAAGAACAUUUCCAUCCAAAAGCAGGAGAAGAAAGACGCCAGCGCCGUGAAGAAGGCCGAGACUAACGGCAACUUCAAUAGCGCCAAGUCUCAGCUCCUCAGCACCGUCAAGGAGGGAGAGGAAGUCCGCGCAAAUAACCAAAAGAACGCCGAUAAGAGCAACACCGCCCUAGUCAAUGGCCUAAAGAAGGUCCAAGGCGCGCAGGCUCAGGAGGAGAAGCAGGCCAAGAGUCUGACAGGCAAUAACUCUGCGUCUGAUAAGAAGACCCUUAACAAGCUCCAGGGUGAGUUUGACAAGGGCAUCCAGGUGAACAAGGAGAACAAGAAGGCUGCACUCAGUGGUGGUAAUGGUGGUGGUAAGGGCAAGAAGGGAAACUAG